AUGGCCGACCCGCACACUGUGCCGCUCCCAGCCUCGCGCGGCUCGCUCGACCAGCCCCGCCCCGACUUCCAUCACCCGCACCACUCGACCCUCGCCGACGUCGACGAGGGCGACUCGAGCGCCGAUGCCGCCUGGUUCGACGACGGCACUGCACCACCAGACGACGACGAGCCUUCUGCCGCACCGCCAGACGAGCCUGAGCACGACGACGACGCUCGACCACGGCCACCACCCGCGGGCGAGAGUGGGGUCGUCGGCGACAGCGAGCCGGCCGCCGACGACGAGGAGCAGGGGCACGCCGCAGGGGCAGCGGUCGAUGGGCAGGACGGCGAGCGGAUACAGCUCCUCGAGGACGAGCUGGACCGCACGCGGCAGGACCGCGAUGCGUGGGAGGCCCAGUACCAGGGCUUGCUCGCCAAGUUGACGGCCAUGCGCAACACGCUCGGCGACAAGCUCAAGCAGGACGCCGACGAGCUCGACCGCCGCGAGCAGGAGAUUGCCGACCUGCGCGCCGCCAACGACGACCUCGCGUCGACGCUCGACACGCUCAAGGGCGAGCUCAUCCAGUCGCACGCCGAUGCCGACGCGCUCCACACCGAGGUCGAGCAGCUGCGCGCGCGCGCGUUCGACUCGGAGCGCGCCUCGUCCGACGAGGCCCAGGAGCGCGAGGUCGCCCUCCGCGAGGCGCAGGAGGACCUCGAGCGCGUGCGCAUCGAGCGCGACGAGUGGGAAGGCGAGGCGAUGCGCGAGCGCGUCCGGCGCGAGGACCAGGGCGCGCGGCUCGGCGUCGUCGAGAUGGAGCUCGCCCAGGCGAAAGCCGACCGCGAGGUCUUGCGCGAGGAGCGUGACCGCGAGAUGGAGAGCGCGGCCAACUUGCAUGCCGUCCUCGAGGAGUUCCAGGCCGCCAAGGACCGCGAGCUUCAAGCGCUCCUCGGCGACCUCGAGACGCAGCUGCGCGAGACGCAGACCGAGCUCGACACGUACCGACAACGCGCCUCGCGGGCCGAGGCGCAGCUCGACGCCGCGCACGACGACUCGGAGAAGGUCCUCGUCCUGUCGCGCGAGGUCAAGGAGAAGAACCUCCUCAUCGGCAAGCUGCGGCACGAGGCCGUCAUCCUGAACGAGCACCUCACCGAGGCGCUGCGGCGGCUCAAGAAGGACUCGGGCGAGAACAGCGUCGACCGACGACUCGUGUCCAACGUGCUCAUCACGUUCCUCAACACGCCCCGGGGCGACGCCAAGCGGUUCGAGAUGCUGCAGCUCAUCUCGUCGAUCCUGAGCUGGACCGACGACCAGCGCGAGAAGGUCGGCCUGCAGCGCUCGAGCGGCUCGCUGUCGUCGGCGAGCGUCAUCUCGAGUGGGCGAGGGGGAGCGGGCAAGGGCCAUGCGCGGAGCGGGACGGGCAAGGCGGUCGACGAGGGCGUCGAGAACGAGUCUUUCUCGAACCUGUGGAUCGAGUUCCUCCUCAAGGAAUCGGCGCAGGCCGCCCCGUCCGCCUCGUCGCCUCCCGCCUCGGCCAAAGGCGGCUCGACACGGUCGCCGACGUCGCCCCGAGCCGACCCGUUCGACCUGCCGCCGCUCGGCUCGCCGCCACUUUCGUCUACGACAUCUACGCCGCGACGCAGCCUGUCGUCGUUCUUCUCGUCGUCGAACGGCGGGUCGGCGUCGCCGGCGGCGUCGGCUCCUUCGAGCACGGCGCCGCCCAGCAUACCCGAGGACGACGGCAAGUGAGCGUGAGUGCGCACGGCGCGGCCUCGGUCCUCGAGCCCACUCCCGCGGGUCCUCCCCCUCCUCGUUGUCUCGUACUUCCCCCUCGUUCGUCCUCGCCCUCGUACCUCUGUGUUGGUAGCAUCGUCGUCGCUCGUGGCUCGUUCUGUCUGCCUUCCCCUUUGCAUCAUCAAGCCGUGCCUCGUCUCG